AUGCGCUCCCACUCUGCUUCCGCCUUCGGGCUCCUUACCGGUAUGCUGCUAGCAGCUGCCGGUCCGGCCGCCGCCCGGCCGGAUAUCUAUGCCCGGUCACAACAGAUACGACGACAGAACGCCCAAGACUGCCUGGAGGACCUGGAGGACAUCCUGGACAACGCGCCGACGACGUCCAUGUCAUGGGGCGCCACCGCCUGCGACUACACUUCGACUCUCUCGGGCGCCGAGCUCACGGCCACCUACGCCUCCUUCAGGAACCGCAUGUCCUCCUGGUACACCGAUGACCUCGACGACAUCACCAAGCUCGAGGCCAGCUGCACCCAAUACGCCUCCCUCUUCAGCCAGAUCAGGUACUGCUACGUGACCGGGCCCGUCCCGACCGUAGCCACCUCCACGACGGCAUCGUCAACGGCCGUGACUAGGACGACGACCAGCACGGGCACUGGGGGGGGCGUCUCGACGGCGACGGUGACGACUACGGCGACCCCCGACGGGGGCAGCGGGCUGGACGACGGGGCGAAGGCCGGCCUCGCCAUAGGCAUCAUCAUCGCCGUCCUCCUACUCAUGUUUUUGGGGUACAAGGUGUUCAUGAAGUACCGCGAGAAACGACUGGACGCCGCCGCCGCCGCCGCUGCGGCAGCCACGACAAACGGGAACGUCGGGCCGGAGAUGGGAGGUGCGGCCGCCGCAGGGGCAAUGGGAGCGGCGUCCGGGGGGGCGGCGGCGGCGGCGGCGUUGGCGGCGGCGAAGUCAAGAGACGAAGGCAACUCGGUACACGCAUACAAGUCGGAGCUCGGCGGCCAGUCGCGGCCCAUGUACGAGCUGGACCCGAGCUCGAUAUCGGAGCUCGACCCGGGAGCGGCCGUCGCGGUGCCGAGGACGACCGGCGUACACCGGCACUUCGCCGAGCUCGACCCGACCCAGAUCAGCGAGCUGCCGGCGGACAACUACGACCCGACGCUCAACGCGAACUCGUCUUCCACCUCGUCGCCGCCGCCCGCGUACGUGUCGCCCGUGACGGACACGGGGACCAACGGCACGCUCUACUCGGUCGUCUCGCCCGUGUCGCCCGACUCGGAGGCCGCGCGGUCGCGUCAAGGGCUGGGCAUCUCCACCAUCUCGGAGGCGGAGGGCUCGCCGGGCGCCGACGGCCACGCCGAGGCGACGCCCGCGGGAUGGACGAGCCAGAAUACCGUACAGCAGGGUUUCGGGCGCGGCUGGAUGCCCAAGACGGGAUGA